AUGAGCGCAGAGGACGUGCAGUACCACGCGUUGUCGCCGCGGGGCGAGCGGACGGGCGCGCUCGCGAGCAGCGGCGCCAAGCAGACGGGCCCGCUUGAGGGCGGCCAUUCCGACGACUUGCCGAACACCCGCCAGUCGCUGUCGGGCCAUGCGGAGGACGGAGGUCCGUGGUGGGCGGCAUCGAACAAGGCAGAGCGACGCGUUUCGGCUCGCGUCUUGCAUCGUGGUGGACGCUGCCACGGCGUGAAGGAAACUGCGAAUUCCAAGUUAGAAAAGUGCCGCGCGGCAAGGUCCCUGGCCAUCCAGUGGCUCUCUUUGCUGAUGCACAGCCCACCAGACGCCUCCACGCUUGAGGCGUACCGAAGGCUGAAGCUGCAGCAUGGGCAGCAGCACGUCAGCGAGGAUGCAGGGUCCGUCAUGCUCGAGGGGGUCGCGCACAAAGGGGCCUCGUUUGUGGAUGUCGUGAGAAGAGGCGUUGGCUCCUCUUCUUCGUCUUCGACGGCUGCUGCCGCGGUUGGCGUUAGUGCCGUUUCAAAUGCUGGCACCCAACAGGAAGGCAAUAUCGGCUCGAGCAGACUUCAGACUUGCGCAGAGACGUUUGAGCUUGUGCCAGUGGAUGAGCAGUCUGUCUCGGAGGUUGUCCGGCUGCUACGCGAGAUUGCCUUGGGGUGUGCCUCGCUGGGAGCCCCCUCGCCCCGGAAGGACGGGGCUGGGAUGAAUGGUGCGAGUUCCUUGCCCCCCACCAUGGGGGGCGGUGAGACGGGCGCUUCGAGUGACAGGGUAGUGGGCCGCGGUGUCAGCGUCAGUAGCGGUUGCAGCAGCAAUAGCUGUAACUCUGGCUCGCUUUGCACUGCGGCUGAUUGCCAAUUGAGGGAGGUCAAAACUCGCCUUAGUGCUCUGCGUCAGUUGGUGCAGAAUCGCGAGGAACUGACGUUGGUGUUGGACACUCUACUGGGCAGUGACUGGUGCCUGGACGGCGAUGCGUCAGCGAAGGAGUUGGAAGUCGCAUGUCCCGCCGAGGUGCUGCUGCCACCGUCGCAGGCGGCGAAUUCGGGCAUCACUUCACAGCGGGCCCCGCCCUCCGUGGACAGGGCAACGGCGCAGAAACCGACGCAACGGGGCGGGGCGGAUGAGGCGCAGCAGCAGCAGCCGUUGCAGCUGGUUGUGGAAAAUGUGACGGUGAACAGCACCCUCAAUCACAAGGCCGUCCCUUUUGAGUCGCGACUGCAUUCCCUUUUGGCGACUCCUCCACUGAGUGCGGCCCCGUAUUACUUUUCCGGUGGAUCCGCAUCAACGCCGGCGGUGGAUCCUCACACGGGUUCUCCUGCGUCUUACGCAACCACACCAUUGCUUCACUGCAGCGGCGGCAGUCCGGUGGAACCGGUGAGCUCGGCCAUACCGCUGGCCAAUACGGCAGUUGUAGGCGGCGCGACACCACCGACAGGGCCCUCCCCAUUUUCGCUUGGCACAAACUUCAAACUGGAGUCUCGUGAGGACAUGCUUCGUCGCCGCACAGCCGCUGCAGCGGCUGUGGCCCACUAUGCGCAUGGAACCUCUGGCAACUACUACGGCAACCGCUCCCGGGUCCCUUGGAGCGGUCCUGCUUCCCCUCCCUUGUCUUUUAUGAACCCCGCUGUGAAUGCGACGCACUGCCCGUAUGACUAUCUACUCGUGUUGGAUUUUGAAGCCACCUGCGAGGAGAGCAUUCCGCCGUCGUAUCUACACGAAAUCAUUGAGUUUCCUGUGGUUCUUGUUGAUGUACGACUGCAGCGGGCUGUGGCUGAGUUUCGCCAGUUUGUGAAGCCUAAGGUGAAGCCCCAACUGAGUGAGUUUUGUCGCCGUCUGACGGGUAUUCGUCAGGAAGAUAUCGACAACGCCUCGCCGCUGGAGGAGGUCAUUCGCCGAUUUGAGCGAUGGCAUGCGCAUACCAUUCCCCCCGGCUCUCGCACCAUGCUGGCCACGGAUGGUCCCGCCGACCUGAGGGAGUUUAUGUAUGUUCAUAGCGUCUCACGGCAGGGCAUUCGCUUCCCCAGCAUGUUUUACCAGUGGAUCGACGUGAAGCGUUUCUUUGCACACUUCUUUCAGUGCCAGCAGGGCAAAAUACGAGCGAUGCUAGAUGCGCUGAACUGCCCCUUUGAGGGGCGGCUGCACAGCGGCAUUGACGACGCAAGGAACGUUGCAACCAUUGUGAUACGCAUGCUGAAGCUGGGAUGCUCCUUCUGUGAAAUACCACUUAGCCGCUUGCCGUACGGGGUGACAGCUACCACCGCAAGCCUCAUGCCGUCGGAGGCAGCAACGGCCACAGCCACAGCAGCGGCGACGACAGCGACGGCGACAGCGACGACGGUAGAGCCGGUAUCGACAAAAAAUGCAGCGAAUGCUGCUUCAUCAUAG